UGCCCCCUCUCUUCCUCCUCGUUUCUUCUGCUUCCUCCCUCCUUGUGGAAGUAUGCGCCCUGAGAAGUGAACUACACAUCCCGGAGUGCCUCUGCUGACCCCGCAGCAGCCCGCAUCUGUGUGCUUUGGCGCUGAGCUGGAGAGACCGAGCGGAGCUCAUCACCGGAGCAGCGCUUUUGUUAAAGCGGAGAAAGAGGGAGCCAGAGAUUAUUAUCAGCCACGAGAAGAAGGAGAGGAGGGAACGGAGGCGCGAGUUGGACGUGUCUGUCUCCGGCUCGCUUUUUUUUUUCUUUCCCUUUUCGGACUAAAAUGCUCAGGUCCCCUACAUUGACGAAGAGCCAAGCUUUGGGAUUGGGUAGCGAGCAGAUAGCGUAACACCCCCUCCUCCUCUCUGUGAAGAAUUGCGUUAAAACGAAAAGGAAAGGCCUGGGCUUUUUCAAUAUUACAGGAUUAUUUUUUUUUAUUUUUUUGAUUUUAUUUUCCUACCCUUUUAGAUUAAACGAGGACACGCUGCUGCCUGGUGUAUGUGUUUAGAAUGGGACACGCUGAAGGUCCAGUCAAAGAAAAAGACAGUUAAGGAUGCAGGAGCCCAACAAUGGAUUUCUCCUUCUCUUUCAUGCAAGGGAUCAUGGGAAAUACAAUUCAGCAACCCCCUCAGCUCAUUGACUCAGCCAACAUCAGACAGGAAGGCACCUGCGACACCGGCAGUGACCCGGGUGAGGAUGGUGGUCCCUCCUACGAUGCUGCUCUGGACGCAGAGUUUUCUUACCCGCCGUCGGGCUCGGAGGACAUGCCGCAGGUCCCCAACGGCUACCCGCCGGGUUUGGGGAUAUACGAGCCACAGGCCAAGUUCUCUUUGUACUCGCAGUUCCCCAACGGCUCUGCCAACGGAUACGGGGCCAUACGGAGCUACAGCGACCACGGCCUCAUGCCGGGGGAGGGCACGGUCCUGAGAGGCCCCGGUCUCCAGGAGAGACCCCUCUCGCCCGUGUCGCCCCCCCUCCCCACGCAUCACCCGCACCUCCAUCAUCACCCCCAUCACCCCCAUCACCACCACCACCACGCGCACCACUUCCACUCCAACCCACCUCACUUACAGACCCACUCGCUCCCGCAGACGCCCCCUCCACAGCCGCUGCCCCCCCAGCAGCACCACCUCCCUCAGACGCCUCACAUCAUGACCCACAAUCUCCCCCCGCCGCCGCCGCUACAUCUGCCGUCCUCCAGUCCGCCCCCCUCCCUCGUGGACAGCACCCCGUCGUCUCAACCCUCGCACGCCCCGUCCAACGUCAGCCCUGGGGUGCUGAAGAAAACCAGCUCUCCAGAGAUCAAGCUGAAGAUCAUCAAGACGUAUCAUAACGGGAAGCCGCUGUUUGAGUCUGCGCUGUGUGGAGACCUGCUGCAGGAACUGCAGAAGGAGUCUCAGAAGAACGAGGCCGCUCAGAUGCAGCGCAGACAUGAGAGGAAGAAGGAGAAGAGGAAAAAGAGCGCGAGGCUGCUGCAGGUCCAGGAACAGAGUUUGGAGCCGAGCCAAGAGCAGACAGGUACCACAGGCCAGACAGAGGACACCCACGUCCAGGCCCAGCCGAGAGAGACACCACCAGCCCAGACGGAGAAGCCUCAGAAGACCGUUAUCAAAACUGAACCAAAAACGCCGAAGGUCCCGAAGGUCCACCAUCCCUCCGUGAUCCAAGAGACCGGUUUCUGUAAGGAGUUUGUAAUAGGCGACUUGGUGUGGUCUAAGGUGGGAACGUACCCCUGGUGGCCCUGCAUGGUCUCCUCCGACCCACAGAUGAAGGUCCACACUCGCAUCAACACCAGAGGUCACAGAGAGUACCACGUCCAGUUCUUCGGCAGCGUCGCGGAGCGAGCUUGGAUCCACGAGAAGAGGAUAGUGGUGUACCAGGGCAAGCAGCAGUUUGAGGAGCUGCAGGCCGAGACGCUUCGCAAAACCUCCAACCCUGUAGAAAGGCACAAACUCCUGAAGCCGAUCCCUCAGCGCGAGCGCUCCCAGUGGGAGGUGGGGGUGGGCCACGCCGAGGACGCCUUUGUCAUGACUCGACAGGAGCGGAUCGAUAACUACACCUUCAUCUACGUGGACCCGGACCCAAACGAAGCCCCGCCCUGCAAAAAACCCAACAUCAGACCCGAGAAACGCAACCGGCGAUCGAGCGGCUCCAUCAGCAAGAAGGAGGACGGUGGCGUGAAGUCGCCCGACAGGGAGCUGCCGCCGCGCAGACUGCUGCCCCGGAGGCAGUGCAGCGUCUCCAACGCGGAGGACGGCGCCAACUCGCAGGCCUCGCAGGAAGAGAAGAACCAGAGGAGGGACCAACGCAGGAGCAGCUCGCCAAAGCAGAACUCGGGCUGCGGCGAAACCCGGGAGAGGCAGGACUCCCCUCCCCCGGUCCGAGCCUGGAAGACGGCCGCCGCCAGAAAGCUGCUGCCGCUCUCCAUCACCAUGAAGAGGCUGAACGUGGAGAUCACAAAGUGCGACUGGCCCCUCCUGCAGAAGAAAGCCGCCGCAUCUCCCAAGACGGAUAAGGAGGAGGAGGAAGAGGAGGAGAAGGAGGAGCGGGUGGAGAGGGAGGCGCGGCAGCCCGACCUGGGGUACUGCUCACCGGAGGACAGCAGAGCAAAACCUGAGCCCAGCCCAGAGGAGGAGGAGGACGGGGACGACGGCGAGGACGAGGGGGAGGAGAGGAGAGGCUCGCCCGCCAGCCGGAGGAGCGAGGAGGGAGGCGCUCAGCAGACCUCUUCUCCCGGGUCACACCACAGCAGUCGACAAGGUUCUCAGGAGAGGAAGCUGCAGCGGCGGUCAGUCAGGAGCAGGUCUGAGUCUGAGAGAGGCAACGAUCCUGUCCCCAAGAAGAAAACCAAAAAGGAACAGGCUGAGAUGGCGCCAGAGACCACGCUCAGGACGGGUUCACAGAAAGGAGCGAGCGAGAUCUCGGAUGCCUGCAAACCCCUGAAGAAGCGAAGCAGAGCAUCAACAGAUGUUGAGAUGGCUUCAUCGCAGUACAGAGACACCUCCGAUUCUGACUCCAGGGGCCUCAACGACCCACAGGGUUUAUUUGGGAAGAGCCUGGACAGCCCGGCGGCGGCAGAUGCAGACGCGUCCGACACUCAGUCCGUCGACUCCGGCUUGUCCCGUCAGGACAGCAGCACCGGCAAAAGAGACACGGUGUGCCAGAUCUGUGAGGUGUAUGGCGAGGGGCUGGUGGUGUGUGAAGGUGACUGCAACAGACAGUUUCAUCUGGACUGUCUGGGCCUGUCGUCCCCACCUGAAGGCAGAUUCACCUGCGCGGAAUGUAGAAACGGAAGCCAUCCCUGUUUCAGCUGUAAAACAGCCAGCCGGGAGGUGACCCGCUGCUCUGCGUCCGGGUGCGGCUGCUACUACCACGAGGACUGCGUCCGCAAGCUGCCCGGCACCACCAGCAGCCCGGGCGGAGGGUUCAGCUGCCCCCAGCACAGCUGCUCAACCUGCUGCAUGGAGCGAGACCUGCAGCGGGCCAGUAAAGGUCGCCUGAUCCGGUGCAUCCGCUGCCCGCUGGCGUACCACACGGGCGACAGCUGCGUGGCGGCCGGCAGCGUGGUCCUCACCCACCACAUCAUGAUCUGCAGCAACCACGGCAGCGGCAAGAAGAACGGCCUGCUCUCCUCCCCGGUCAACGUGGGAUGGUGCUUCCUGUGUGCCAGAGGGCUGUUAGUGCAGGACCUUACUGACAUCAUAUUAAGUUCAUAUGCCUAUAAGUCCCACUACCUUCUGACUGAGUCAAAUCGUGCUGAGUUGAAAUUACCUAUGAUUCCCUCUCCUUCGUCAGCUACCAAAAAGAAUGUUGGGAAAGGAGGCAAGUUGCUGUGCUGCGACUCAUGCCCAGCUUCCUUCCACCCGGAGUGUCUGGAGAUGGAGAUGCCGGAGGGGCCGUGGUCCUGCAGUGAUUGCAGGGCAGGAAAGAAACCUCACUACAAACAAAUUGUCUGGGUCAAACUGGGCAACUACAGAUGGUGGCCAGCGGAGAUCUGCAACCCCCGUCUGGUGCCGUCCAACAUUCAGAGCCUUCGGCACGACAUCGGCGACUUCCCCGUCUUCUUCUUUGGCUCGCACGACUACUACUGGAUCAACCAAGGCCGCGUCUUUCCGUACGUGGAGAACGACAAGAACUUUGUCACGGGUCAGAUCAACAUCAAUAAAACCUUCAAGAAAGCUUUGGAAGAAGCAGCGCGGCGGUUUCAGGAGCUAAAGGCCCAGAGGGAGAGCAGGGAGGCUCUGGAGCAGGAACGCAACUCUCGCAAACCUCCACCCUACAAAUUCAUCAAGUCCAACAAACCGGUGGGGAAAGUGCAGAUGCACGUGGCCGACUUGUCAGAAAUCCCACGAUGCAACUGCAGACCGACAGACGAGCAUCCCUGCAGCCUCGACUCCCAGUGUCUGAACCGCAUGCUGCAGUACGAGUGCCACCCGCAGGUUUGCCCUGCAGGAGACAACUGUGAGAAUCAGUGUUUCUCCAAGCGGCUGUAUGCAGAGACUGAAGUGAUAAAGACGGACGGGCGGGGCUGGGGCCUCAGGACAAACCAGGCGCUCAGGAAGGGUGACUUUGUGACGGAGUAUGUGGGAGAGGUGAUCGACUCAGAGGAGUGCCAACAGCGAAUCAAACGUGCCCAUGAAAAUCAUGUGACCAACUUCUACAUGCUCACACUCACCAAGGAUCGAGUGAUCGACGCGGGUCCGAAGGGGAACUCGUCUCGGUUCAUGAACCACAGCUGCAGCCCAAACUGUGAAACCCAGAAGUGGACGGUAAACGGAGACGUUCGCAUCGGACUCUUCACCCUCUGCGACAUCGAGUCUGGCACGGAGCUGACGUUCAACUACAACCUGCACUGCGUGGGCAACAGGAGAUCGUCCUGCCACUGCGGGGCAGACAACUGCUCCGGAUUCCUCGGGGUGCAGCCAACGAGUGCCGUGGUCAUGGAGAAGGAGGAGAAGGCCAGGAACGCCAAGCUGAAGCCCAAGAAGCGGAAGCUGCGACCAGAAGGCAAACACACCCACGAGUAUUUCUGUUUCCGCUGCGGAGAAGGAGGCGAGCUGGUGAUGUGCGACAGAAAGGACUGUCCUAAAGCCUAUCACCUGCUGUGUCUGAACCUCACCAAGCCGCCAUACGGACGCUGGGAGUGUCCGUGGCACGACUGCAGUGUGUGCGGCUCGCCGGCCUCGUCGCUGUGCGACUUCUGCCCGCGCUCGUUCUGCCAGGACCACGAGGCGGGGGCGCUCACCGCCUCCUCGCUGGAGGACCGCCCCUGCUGCUCCAGCCACAACCCGCUCAACCCCCUGGGCUCCAACCCCAGCUCCACCCAGCAGCGGCGAGGCGCCCCGAGUCCGGCCAGGGUCAAAGAGGAGCCGGAGGCGGGGCCGGACCACCCGGCCGCCAAGUGACACCGCGGCGCCGCCGAUACCUCGUUCCCCGCGGAGCCGCGCUCCGACCCAGCGCUCCACUAAAGGGAAUAC